AUGAUGAAAUGUAAUGAGGCUUUGAACGUGUACCCUUCCGGAACCUCUGUCUACUCCCCACCCGGCCGCAUCACCUUCAUCACCACAGCCAACGAUACCACCCAGGCCGACUUCCGGCCCAGGGAGACCCCCCUCCACAACCAUCCAGGCAACUCCAACGACCGGGCAAGCGCAAAGGGGAAAAGUCCAAGGACCGGCGGCUCCCAGAGCGCCGCGAACGGCGCGCCGUCCGGCAUGUCGACGGUGAGCACGACGACGGCAACGCUGCCCAGCGACGUCGGCGGGAAACUGGUCAACACGUUCGAGGUCGCCGAGGACUGCAGCAAGCACGUUCUCGUCACGGACUUUGGCGGCACGCCCCAGACGGCGUGGCCCUACCGUCUGGCCCAGGCGGACGUGUUUGUCUAG